GACGGGGGCGAGACGGACGUCGAGCGCGACGAGGACGGGGAUGAAGGGGACGACCAGGACGCGACGCUCGCCGCGGGGCGGGACUCGGACGCGACCGAGGCGGACGUUACCCAGCAGCACACGCGCACGUCCAAGGACGGGGAUGGAGAGGGCGACGGUGAGGGGGACGAGGGGGACGGGGACGGGACGGAGAGCGUGAACGUGAGCGUGCGGGAGCACCCGCUGCGGCUGGACGUGCACCCGCCGUCGCCGCCGCCGUGGGAGACGGCGCACGGGGAUGGGGAUGAGGACGAGGACGGGGACUUGGGGAGGGGGAGGGGCGGGCGGGCGAGCCCGCGGCGGUUCGAGUUCUCGGGCGCGGGGUCCAAGGGGCGGAUGCAUGAGUUCGGGGGGAAGCCGAGCUCGAGUCGGCCGCUGAUCCCGCAUUCCGCGUACUACUUUGGCCCACCGCCGCCCGACUCGGCGUACGGCAGCGAGCCAAUCGGCCAGAUUGGCGUGCACCAUCCAAGGGAGGUUCUGCGCGUCGAGCGGGAUUACACCGGCGGAGAACUGCCGCAGUUCACGCCGACAUAUCCGUUGGAGUUGGAGGGCAGGAUAACACCGACACAAUUUCUCGAAACCAUCAACGCAAUCAAUGAGAUGCUGCUUUCUGCGCAUAGUCUCGGCCACGCGUUCAUCGACAACGCGCUGGCAUACUUCACCUUGCAGAUCACUCGAGCUAUGAAGAAGACACACUACGAGAAGGAAAUGGACCGGCUACACGCGCUCAUCGACUCGUUGAACCUCGACAUGUACAACCCCGUGGGCUUGCACAUCAGGUGGCCACGAGACGUCGCAUUGCUUUUCCUGGAGAUUGAGUAUUAC